UGUGGCUCAAAACGCUUCGAUAAUUGCCAGCCAGCGACGUCUAUAAUUUAAAAUCGGAGAAAAAUCACACUUGUUUGGUGUAAAAAACACAUAAAUAUUAUGAAGAACUUAGUGUCCCGAAAUUUAUAAAAUAAAUGUGAGAAAAUGUGUCAAAACACCAAGGAAUCUUAGGAAAAAUGCUGUAAAACUUGGCCAAGAUAAACUCGUUUGCACCAAUACACAUGUGUAUAUGCAUAAGUGUAGGGGCAAUAACAAAUACUCAGACUCCAAAAGCCAACAAUUAAAAGAGAAGUUAGCCAGUUGUCGUCUGGGCCGCGUUAUUGGUGUAUGAAUCAUAUUUCGAAUACGUUUAAAAAUAACACAAACCUUCCGAGGAGGAAAUAAGUUGUACCAGUGCUUAUGUAAACUGCAAUCAGCUAGAGCGGAAAUUACACGGAAAACACCUAAAUACUAGUGAAUAAAUAUAGUUAUAACAAUAAAAACCUCCAAUGACGGUCAGAAAAUUGCGCGCCGUUUCGGUCUCCAUUGGCGGACUUCCAAGUUUGAUACCAAGUUUUUCCUUGGUAUCAGCGGCAGAUGAAGCCACUAUGCCCUGCGGUGGAAAAAUCUGCCAUCCGGUGACUGAAUAUUGCUCUAAAGCCUCGGAGGUCUGCCAACUAUGCAGUACGAUCUGCGAUAACACAACCCACAACUACGAUGUCAGCCUGUGCGCUAGGGAUUGCUCAGGUUUUUUGACUUUUGAGCCUCUGAAGGCGGAGGUCCUUGAAAUCCAGAAAACACAGCAUCUUAUCCUUCUGCUGGUGACCGUCCUACUCGUUCUGAUCGCCCUUCGCUGUGCGUAUCAAUGCCUCCGAUGGCUGAUAGGUAACCGAUGCUUCCAGAAAUUGUUGCGUCGCCUGCAAUCCAAGGCCUAUCCUCAUCCGGCGACUGCAAAUGGAAAAGACCUCAAUGCCACCACCAUACAGAACCUGAAUGCCAUCAAUCGGCACGGCAGCGACCUUGAGCGGGCGCAAUCGCACAUCUAUAGUGUGGCAGGUAAGUGUGUCGCCGAGGGUUCCGUUGUGACAAUGACGACGCCGGUGAGCACUCGCUAUCCGGCGGAAAAUAGCACUACGCCCACCACGGUUAUGACGGAGAUCGGAUAUGGAUACGAUAAUCAGGCUAUGGUCGUCACGCCGGUUACCGAGAAACCCUCAACAGCCACGGUUGCGGCCGCUUUCUAAAGCCAUAUACUUAAAAACAAACUCUUGAACUCAAAUGAAACGUCCAGCGAAAGCAAACUGUGCAUCACAUUCAAACUAGUGAUACUUUGGUUAACUGUUAGGCAAGAAGUCUUCUUUUUAUAUGUUUAAUACACAAAGCUUAAUUUAUAUGUUGUAUAUAUUUAUAAUUAUAUAUUUACUUGUGUUCUCAGUAAGAAACCCAUUGCGGCCUAAAAUACUUAUCUACCAUAAAACUAACUGUAUAGAAUGCACUUCUUAUUUAAUGAAAAUAGCCAGAGCCCUUUUGAAAAUGUUAAAAGUCCCCAGACAUGCCCACUUUACCAAAUGGACUAAAAUGGUUUUUUUGUUAAUCACCCGCGUUUAUGAAUGAGAUUUUGUUGGUUUGCUUGGUCUUAUCAGCACCGACGUAAAAAGGAAUGAGUAAAAUUAACUCUGAAUUGUGCGGGCACUUAAAAAAAAAACACCAAGAUUCCGUGGUCGCAGAACUUACUUAUGUUGCCAAUUUUUACCUUAAACUUGUCCAAACAUUUUCCUUAACAACAACCCAACUAUGUACAAACUGUAACUAAAAAAUCACAAUAUUAGAUCUUAUAACUCUUAAGAAAUAUAUAUUAGUUAUAUAAGUUAAAUUUGUAUAUUGAUCAAUUGAUUUUGGCAAAAUGUUUAAAAAUAUAAAAUAUAUAUAUUUUUUUUAAAUACAACCACGUUUAAAAUUAUCCAUAUAGAAAUAAAGAAAUUAAUUUUUCCUUCA